AUGAAGUUUUUCCAGCCCAUUGCCGUCUUUCUGUCUCUCCUCACCUCUAUUGCCCCGGGCGGGGUGUUGGCGGCGGAAGAAUCGGCAACUGCUCAACAUCAGAAGGGCGAGACUGUGAGAUACCAAGGACUGAAUUUAUAUGUAUCCAAGCCCGGGAGGUUUAACCUUGGUCACAAGAAGCCUGGGAAAAGAACAGGUGUUCUUCUUCUUACCGAUGUCUACGGCAUCCAGUUGAAGGAGAACCGAGAAUUGGUCGAUGACUUUGCCAAAGAGGGUUUUUUUGCUGUUGCACCAGACUUGUUUCGAGGUGAUCCGGCAAAAGAAACUCCAGGCUUCAACAUUACCGAGUUUCUUGCCAAGCAUCCUCCCAGUGUCACUGACCCAAUUGUUGCAAAGGCAAUCAACUACCUACGCAAUGAACUCGAAGUGAACUCCGUCGCUGCAACAGGCUAUUGCUACGGUGGACGUUACGUCUUUCGUUCACUUGGCGAAAACGGUAAAGUCGAUGUUGGCUUCACUGCUCAUCCUAGUCUCUUGGCUACAGAUGAGAUUGAGGCUGUCAGAAAGCCCGUGUCGAUCGCUGGUGCAGGUCAGUUUCAGCCCGUAAUAGCAAUAAAAGAAAAGACAAAAGCUGAUAUGGAUAUAGCCGAGGACCAGAUUUUCCCCCAGCCCAGACAAGCAGAGACUGAAGCCAUCCUCACUAAAUUAGGCAAGCCUUUUACUUCGGUUCUGUACAGUGGUACUACUCAUGGUUUUGCUGUUCGUGCAAAUGCAUCAAACCCACAGCAGGUUUUUGCCAAAGACGAAGCGUUCUAUCAGGCUGUUCGUUUCUUUAAUGCAUGGGCCUAA